GUCCCCUCUAGGGGUAUAUAUGUUCUGUGGUAUUGUCACUGUCAGUGAAAAUUGGAGAACUAUUGAGAAGUAAAUUGAAAAUAUUGAAGCGUGGUUAAAUAAUACAUGCUGUAUUAAAUCCAAUAACUCCUCGUCGAACCACCUUAGAAUAGUGAGUAAACCAUGCAUAAUCAGGAUGAUGAAGAGGAGUCAACUCCAGGCCCAGUAGACAAUGCAUGGGCUAUGAAAAUACCAAAAUUUACAUCGGCAGAUAAUCCACAUGGUCUUUUAGAAGAAAGUAAAUUCGCAACUUUAUUUCCAAAGUACAGAGAACAGUAUUUAAAAGAAUGUUGGCCACUGGUACAAAAGGUAUUGAAGGAACACUUUAUUGUUGCGGAACUCGACCUCAUUGAAGGCAGCAUAACCGUAAAAACAACAAGAAAAACUUGGGACCCCUAUAUAAUAAUAAAGGCAAGAGAUUUAAUGAAACUAUUAUCGCGAAGUGUUCCUUUUGAACAAGCUGUAAGAGUCUUAGAUGAUGAAAUAGGGUGUGAUAUCAUAAAAAUAAAUUCAUUUGUGCGUAAAAAGGAAACAUUUCUCAAAAGGCGGCAACGAUUGAUUGGUCCGAACGGAGUUACUCUGAAAUCUGUAGAGUUAUUAACUGAGUGUUAUGUAUUGGUCCAAGGAAAUACAGUGUCAGCAGUUGGGCCUUAUAAAGGACUUGUGCAAGUCAGAAGAAUUGUGGAAGACACAAUGAAAAACAUUCAUCCUAUGUACAAUAUAAAAAGUUUAAUGAUUAAAAGGGAGCUUAUGAAGGACCCAAGACUAAAAAAUGAAAGCUGGGAAAGAUUUUUACCUACAUUUAAAAGUAAAAAUGUACCAAGGAAACAACCUAAAAAGAAGGUUGAGAAGAAACCUUACACACCUUUCCCUCCUCCACAACAAGAAAGCAAGAUUGACCGAGAGCUGGCUACUGGAGAGUACUUCCUUAAGGAUGAACAGAAGAAAGCAAAGCAUCGACAUGAAAAAGAUGAGAAACAGACUCAAGUUAAACGCUCCAAACAAGAGCAGCGGCAGAAAGAUUUUAUACCACCUGAAGAGAAAACUAGCCACACCACAGAUCCAUCCUCAGAGACAACAAUUGACCUGAACAAGUUCAAGUCGAAAAUGAAAAAGCUUACUAAACAACAGAAAGGGUUUCAACAAAAAAAAAACAAAUAGUUACACAGAUUAACAAUACAUAUUGCAUCUCACAGUGAGUGCUUUGGAACCAUGUUUCCUAGACAAUAUUAUUUGCCAUCACUAGACUUAUCAUUAAAUUGUUAUUAAUAGACUAAGUACAACUAUACCACACAUACCAGUCUGGAUGAUGUUUCUUAAUUUGGAAUAAAAUAAAUAAGAUGGAACAAAA